UGUAUGCUAGCAGUUGAUGGAGUGAGAAAUGCUUGUUGUUUUUUCGAAUGAACAAAGAAACUUGAAUGCAUGAUAAGCCUCGUGUCCCCCAAUUGAUAGUGAUACAGUGCAACAGAGCAAGAGUGAUUGAAUUUUUUAUCUAAACAAGAGAAACAUGUACAGUGACUCGAAAAUGGGUGAUGGAAAAUUUGCAACGGUCGUGAUCAUUCUUGGAAUUUCGCGUUGUCAGAAGCAUGUGAUUGAAUGCAAUGUUGAAUGUCAAAAUACAGUGUAAUUUUGAGAUUAAGCAGUGACCGCAGUAAAACAAGAAGUGUAAAAUACGAAACAAGAACAAAUUUCUGAACGAGUGGAGGAUUAACCAUACUUUUUAAACAAUCAUUUUGCUAUCACAGAAAAGGUGGAAAGAGAUAAGUUUUAUCAGGUUUUUGUCUUAGCCCUUACACUCACUCGAGUGCCAUGCAAUGAAGAAGCUGAAGAAAGUGACUAAUCGUCAUUGGGCAUUCCACGACUUGCUUGAGCACUACAGUUAUGGCAAAAUCAAAAAAUGAACCAAACAAUACACCGUCCACUUCUAAUUCCAACCCACUGUAUCCGAGUACAUCUGAGCCCUCAAAGGGUGCAAACUAUCCGGCUAGUUGUGACAACACUGGUGUAGUAGUCAACCCAGUUGUAGAUAAGAGUGAUAGCAGUAGCAGUCAAAACAUAUCAAUCUCGUCGAUUAACGAAAAUGACAACGAUUCAAGUGCCUUCGAGAGCAGUGACAGCGAGUGUGAUGAUGAACAGAUUAAAAAGGCCAUUGAACGGAUUCCGAACUCGCUACAACCCGGCGGACAGUUGGUACAGAAUGGCAUGUUGACGGUAAAAAAUGAUAACGGUUCACCAUCUACCAACCGGGGACCGAAUAUCGGAAGCAUAGCAGUACAAAACUCGUCAGACAUCACGUUUGGCAACAAAACAUACAUAAAGGGGCAGGUUGUGAUAAAAAAUAUUUACCAUGAUAGACAGGACGGCGUCGUUAAUCAAGGAUAUCAGAGAGACGGUGAAGCGGAAGGCGAACCCGAGAUUACCAAACAGAACACAUCCGAUCCGUUGAGUCCUAAAGAGCCUGCAACAUGGCGUUCUAGUCUUAAGGCUAUAAUACGGGAUAAACCAUUGCUAUGCGCGGGCAUUCUGAUCGCCAUGAUGCUCGUCAUAACCUUCAUAAUUAUUGCGGCCUACGUAGCAAGCACUGCAGGUAAACCUAUAAUAAAGCCGCACUACGGCGAUGGCGACGAUGACCGAGCAUAUGUUCCCCCGGAUACUGGCAUAGAUGAAGACUUCUUCCCAGAUCCGAAACCCUUGCGGAUAGUCACAAGAAACGAAUGGCUGGCGCAGCCACCUAAAGAAGAUUUAGAACUACUUAAGCUCCCUGUGCAUAAAGUUAUAAUCGCACAUACCGCCACCGAAGGCUGUUCUACGCAGAGUCAGUGUGUGUUUAUGACCAGCAACAUUCAACAAUUUCACAUGGCUGAGGAUUCUAAAAACUACUCCGAUAUUGCGUACAACUUCCUAGUGGGAGGCGAUGGAAAUGCUUACGAAGGCCGUGGAUGGGACAAACAAGGUGCUCAUACUAAAGGAUUCAACACAGACAGCAUAUGCCUUGCCUUCAUCGGAACGUUCAUUGAUGUGGAGCCACCAGUAGCACAACUGAGCGCAGCUCGGCAACUGAUAGCACUGGGUAUUGAACUCAAAAAACUGGAUACCGGAUAUCGACUCUAUGGUCACAGACAGCUUGCCCCAUUCGAAAGUCCCGGUAGAGCAUUGUACAAAAUCAUCCAAAAAUGGCCACACUGGUCUAAUGAACUGGGACCAAAUCAUUGGACCGAAUAGAUAUCGAAUAUGCAUGUAGUGAGUCAUCUCUGUUGAUCGGAAAUUAUCACACGAAUGUCGAAUAGUUAGAUAUGUAAGCGGAAAUUGAGCUCAAAUAUGUAUUUAUGAAUACAACUCUGUACACAACUGUGAUUCAGUCGAAUAAACCUAGUUAGUACUGCAAAUUGGCAAAAAAAUACUUUGGUGCAUUGAUAUUAACAUAUUUCUUUGUAUAAAAAUAGAGUAAGCUUUUUCUGAAGUCACAGAUUAUUAAAAAUCUUUCAUGAAUUCUAAACAAUAUUCGGCAAAUAGCUUACUUGCAGAACCAAUUUCGCAAUCAACUUUGGCAUAAUAACUUUCACAAUACAUAAAUCAAUGGAUAAGUCACUGCUUAGAAAAAGCCACACGAGCAUUUGUACGAUUUAAACCACAUACUUCUACCUUUUUAGAAAGAAAAACAUUCGCAAGCGCAGAAAAGCAAGCGUAUUUAAUAAUAUAGGAAUUUAUUCUACAUGUUUGACUUGAAAUAAACGUAUAAACAGAUGAUUAUAC